AUAAUCAUAUAUUUCACAUUUCAAUUCUUUAUUGUUGUUACAAGUGAAAAAUGUCUAUUUUGUAUAUUAAAAUAAUUUAUAUUAUAACUCCUAAUAGAAUACGAUGUUAGGAGUUUAAAAGUAAAGCUUAAGUGAAAUUUCUAGUAAUAGCCAUUGCGUCUCAUACCAUUAAUCCGUUCUUUAUAAUAGGUGUUACAAUGUUGCGUUGGGCUUUUAUUGCAUUAUUCUAUCUUAUUUGUAUUUGUGAGGCUUCCGAUGAAGCAAAAGGGGAGAAAAACGUGGUUGUUGAUUGUAGCACUUUAAGAUUAGGUCAAUAUAUUUGCCCUGAUCCAAAUAUAAACCACAUUGAUCCAGAUACACAACAAUUACGAGGUUGUACGAAAGGCAAAAUAGAUCCAUCAGAAGGGGAAGCUGAAGUGAAAUGCCUAGCUGCAGAAGGAAUUAUAUGCAAUGAAACAAACAAUUCAACAUUUGUAAGAAAAAUGCCUUGCAAGUGGACGAAUGGAUACUCUUUAGAAAUAGCUCUGUUAUUAUCAGUAUUUCUGGGUAUGUUUGGUUUGGAUAGAUUCUACCUUGGUUACCCAGGUAUAGGACUGGCCAAGCUGUGUACACUAGGAUUUAUGUUCCUGGGACAACUCUUAGAUAUUAUAUUGAUUGCUGCGCAGGUGGUUGGUCCAUCUGACGGUUCGGCAUAUGUGAUACCAUUUUACGGAGCUGGUGUGCAAGUUGUCACAAGUGACAAUGAAACGUACCUUCUUCCUCAAGCAGAUUGGCACAACAUCACCUGACAGUGGGGAACCAUCUCUUUUGAGCUCGACGAAGAUUAUGAUUGGACUUAACAGUGAAUUGUUGAUUAUGCAACUUUAGUUUAAAAUAUUUUUACGAACAUCUUGUAUUGAUUAUAGUGAGAGAUUUUUGUGUUGCAACUUUGGUCUAUAUUGUUGAGUAAUAUAAAUUUAAUUAAUGAGGCAUAAUAUUUUAAAAUUGUAUAAUCAAUGUAAAUAUUAAGUGAUAUUAGGUAAUAAAGUGUUGUAAAUACUUAUUUAAGCUAAUAAUGUCUGCUGUUAACAGCAAGAAAUUUGAGUUUAAUAAUGAGUUAAAUUGAAAAUUGUAAAUAAAAGUCAUAUUAACAACAUC